CUGUGUCACGUGAGGCCCAGGUGGCGGCGGACCUACGGCGAGACAGUGAGAGAAGGAAGGGGAAGCCGGAAGGGGUGCGAGUGAAGUAAAGGGGGAGAAGACAGUGCCCGAGAGAGCAAGGGGUGCGUGUGCGCCUGCUUCUCGCUCUAGCUCUUCUCUCGGUGGCCCCGUCGCUCUCCUCGCGGCUAGGUGACAGCUGGGCCCGGUCCGCACGCGCGCGCUGCCGGGUGCGGUAGGAGCGCGCACUCUGCACUGGCGCGCAGUGCCGGCCGCCCCUCCCCCUCGCCCCGUCCGUCCCGUCGCGUCUUGUCCUCUCAGGUGCCAGCGGCCGGGUGGCGAGGCGGCGACGGGGACAUUUUCUGACUUCCCGGCCCUUUUCCCUGCUGUCUCGGCUGCCUUUUCCACCCCGUCGCGGGGCCGGCCUCUGCUCCGGCCCCAGGAUGCAGAAUGUGAUUAACACGGUGAAGGGAAAGGCACUGGAAGUGGCUGAGUACCUGACCCCGGUCCUCAAGGAAUCAAAGUUUAAGGAAACUGGUGUUAUCACCCCAGAAGAGUUUGUGGCAGCAGGAGAUCACUUAGUCCACCACUGUCCUACGUGGCAAUGGGCUACAGGGGAAGAAUUGAAAGUGAAGGCGUACCUACCAGCAAGCAAACAAUUUUUGGUAACCAAAAAUGUGCCAUGCUACAAGAGGUGCAAACAGAUGGAAUAUUCAGAUGAAUUGGAAGCCAUUAUUGAAGAAGAUGAUGGUGAUGGGGGAUGGGUAGAUACCUAUCACAACACAGGUAUUUCAGGAAUAACGGAAGCAGUUAAGGAAAUUACACUGGAAAGCAAGGACAGUAUAAAACCCCAAGAUUGCUCAUUAUUUUGUGAGAAGGAAGAAGAAGAAGAAGAGGAGGAAGGAGAAGCUGCAGAUAUGGAAGAAUAUGAAGAGAGUGGAUUGCUGGAAACAGAUGAGGCUACCCUAGACACAAGGAAAAUUGUAGAAGCUUGUAAAGCUAAAACUGAUGCUGGAGGUGAAGAUGCUAUUUUGCAAACCAGGACUUAUGACCUUUACAUCACAUAUGAUAAAUAUUACCAAACUCCACGACUAUGGUUGUUUGGGUAUGAUGAGCAACGGCAGCCUUUAACAGUUGAGCACAUGUAUGAAGACAUUAGUCAAGAUCAUGUGAAGAAAACAGUGACCAUUGAAAAUCACCCUCAUCUCCCACCACCUCCUAUGUGUUCAGUUCACCCAUGCAGGCAUGCUGAGGUGAUGAAGAAAAUCAUUGAGACUGUUGCAGAAGGAGGGGGAGAACUUGGUGUUCAUAUGUAUCUUCUAAUUUUCUUGAAAUUUGUACAAGCUGUUAUUCCAACAAUAGAAUAUGACUACACAAGACACUUCACAAUGUAAUGAAGAGAGCAUAGAAUCCUAAUUAUUGGUUCUAAUUUUUAAAAAAUUAACCUAUGGAUGUGACCAUUGACCAUAUUCACCAAUAUGUACAAUAUGUCUAAUAAAGGGACUUAUAUGUUUAUGCAUUAAAUAAAAUGAUGUUCCACUACCAGCCUUAUUUGUUUAAUAAAAAUGAGUAUAAAAAGA